CGGGACGGCCUCGAGCGUGCGCGGCGGGCGGGAUCUGCGCUCCGGGCAUGCGCACACAGCGGGCGGCUCCGGGCCGCCUUCUGAGCGUGCGCUGUAACGGCCGCGGACGGGCCGGGUGCGGGUUAUGGCGCCCCCCCGCGGCGGCAGCGCGCGGCGAUGGAGCUGGCGGCGGCGCGGCGCGCGGUGUUGGCCGCCGUGCGGGGCACGUGUGCCGCCGACCUGCCCCGCCUGCUGCAAUGGAUGCGUCACAGCAAACAGCUGUAUCCUUGUGGUUCAUCUCUUUACUUCUUUCUUGACUGAGCUCAGACUCAAGCAGAGAGCCCUCUUUCUAUUACUGGUUUAUCUUCAUUUGUCACUGAGCAGUGACUUUGAUGAGUUUGUGGUGACGAACAAUGAUGUUGUACUCAAAAAUAUCGCUGAAGAUUUGCGGAAUCAUUUACCCAUUGAGGCAAUGUUUAAUUCGGAACAUCUCGCUAUCCAGAAAAUACAUCAACAUCCUCUGCCCAUGGUUCACGUUGAUGCGUUCCUUUAUGAUGAUGAUAUUGUUGAUACAAUGUGUGAGGAGGGGAGAAUGAGUAGGAACUACUGCACAGAGUGUGGCUCAUACAAGACUGCAUCUUUAGAGUUUAUUUCGCAUUCCUUUUCCCUCAUGGAACUGAAGUUUCUUUAUCAACAUGUACUGCCUGACCUGACAGGAAAGGUAGUGGUUGACGUUGGCUCCAGGCUUGGUGCAGUGCUAUUUGCGGGUUAUCUUUAUAGCUCAGCAUCCCAGCUGUAUGGAGUAGAAAUGAAUGCAGACUUUUGCCAGUUGCAAGAAAUGACAAUUACAAAAUACCAGUUCACUGACAGAAUAAAGGUGGUUCAUGCAGACAUCUGUACUCAGGCUUCACUUCUUCAGAAUGCUGAUGUUAUUGUAAUGAAUAAUGUCUUUGAAUAUUUUCUUGACAGACUGGAACAGGCCAGAGCUUGGGAGUUUAUUGCUUGUAACGUAAAGAAAAGAGGGUCCUUGUUAGUUACAGUUCCAAGCCUUAAAGAAUCGCUCUCAAAGCUCCAGACGGAUAUACAGCUCAGCCAAUGGGUAGAGGAGUUACAGCUAAACUAUGAUGUAUAUGUGGAAAAGGAUGUUGACAGAGAAGCACUCGAACAAAUACAUUUAUACAGGAUUCUGUAGCAACUGGAAAAACUUACUAAUAUCCUUGCAGUAUCAUUUAUUUUGAGUCUAAAAUGAAUUCUGAUUUAUACGUAUGAAUAAAUUGAUUAAAAGUUGUUAUUGUGGUUUAGAA